ACCUCAUCCGACCCAGAUGAUUUACAAGGAUGUUUCCUGCUCUGAAACUGUGUCUUAGAUUCUAGAUUUGCAUGGGACAUGUGAGAAGUCUGGCCAGGACAUGGGAGUCUGAAAUGUGAAUGGCUGUGGACCCGGCUCUCUGCUCAGCCUAACCUCAUCUCCGCUCGAGGCUUGGGAGUGACCCCCUGUCCCCCCUGACGUGCCUGGCUUUGCACCUACGCCUCUGUCCCCCACAUACGCACGCACCCAAGAGGACUCUUCUUCUCUAGCAUAUCUGGGCAGGGCGUCAGGGCUCAGGAGGAGCGAGGAGUCAGGCCCCUCAUCCCAGACCCAGAGGCCGCCAUGGCGGCCUGUGAUUUUGUGACUGAUGCCAACAUCUCGCCCGGCCUUGAGAGCAACGCCACGGGCAUCACGGCCUUCUCCAUGCCCGGCUGGCAGCUGGCGCUGUGGGCCACCGCCUACCUGGCCCUGGUGUUGGUGGCCGUGACGGGCAAUGCCACGGUCAUCUGGAUCAUCCUGGCCCACCAGAGGAUGCGCACAGUCACCAAUUAUUUCAUUGUCAACCUGGCCCUGGCUGACCUCUGCAUGGCCGCCUUCAAUGCCGCCUUCAAUUUCGUCUACGCCAGCCACAACAUCUGGUACUUCGGCCGUGCCUUCUGCCACUUCCAGAACCUCUUCCCCAUCACGGCCAUGUUCGUCAGCAUCUACUCCAUGACCGCCAUCGCCACUGACAGGUACGUGGCCAUCGUCCACCCCUUCCAGCCGCGGCUCUCAGCCCGUGGCACCAGAGCGGUUAUUGCAGGCAUCUGGCUGCUGGCCCUGGCCCUCGCCUUCCCCCAGUGCUUCUACUCCACCAUCACCACGGACCAGGGCGCCACCAAGUGUGCGGUGGUCUGGCCCGAAGACAAUGGCGGCAAGAUGCUCCUUUUGUACCACCUCGUGGUGAUCGCCCUCAUCUACGUGCUGCCUCUCGUGGUGAUGCUCUUCGCCUACAGUGUCAUCGGCCUCACGCUCUGGAGACGCAAGGUCCCCAGGCACCAGACGCACGGCGCCAGCCUGCGCCACCUGCAGGCCAAGAAGAAGUUUGUGAAGACCAUGGUGCUGGUGGUGGUGACCUUUGCCGUCUGCUGGCUGCCCUACCACUUCUACUUCAUCCUGGGCAGCUUCCAGGAGGACAUCUACUACCACAAGUUCAUCCAGCAGGUCUACCUGGCGCUCUUCUGGCUGGCCAUGAGCUCCACCAUGUACAAUCCCAUCAUCUACUGCUGCCUCAACCACAGGUUUCGCUCUGGAUUCCGGCUUGCUUUCCGUUGCUGCCCAUGGGUCACGGCGACUGAGGAGGAUAAGAUUGAGCUGACUCACACUCCAUCCCUCUCUGUGAAGGUCAACAGGUGUCACACUAAAGAGACUUUUUUCAUGGCUGGGGACACAGCCCCCUGCGAGGCUACCAACGGGCCGGCCGGGGGCCCCCAAGACGGGCUGCCUACUGAACCCUGAAGCCUUGUGCCUGGCUGCUGGGUCAGGCUUUGCACCCUUUGAGAAGUAGCCAGUUGAGAGGUCCAGAUCUGAAAGUCUGACCCACGCCCCAGCCUUCGGCACAUCCGUGGAAAGACAAGAUGGGGCCAGGAACUCUGCAGUGGGUGCUAACUCUUGAGAGGGCCCAGUCACCCCUGACCGUGCUUCACGGCAGCCAGGAAGAGUCAAAGAAGACCGUGUGAGCUAACGCUGGUCUGAUCCAGGUGCCACACGCCCCAAAGUCUUCCUGGAGCACACAGCUUAAUGAGUGAACUGGAUCCGGUAUAAAAGAAACACGGCAACUGUGAUAAAAGGCAACCGACUUCCAGCGUUGGGGUAACAGGGAGUUCCGGGUACCGUGGCAGCUGGAGGGCCAAGGGGACAGCUGCCGAUCAGCUCCGGACAAAUGUCGCCGUGUGGUAAUGGGGGCCCACGGUUGCCAGACCUUCUAAAUCUCUCGAGACACGCCAGAAAUCCAAACCUGUGGGGCUUCCAGACUUGUAUGUACAGUUUGGCUCACGUUUUUAUAAAUAUCGGUUAAACCAAACUGAACACCCGUGGGCAGCACCCACUGAUUUAUGAUCAGGCUACGGACACAGGGAGGAAGCUUCUUAUUUUGCAAAGGCUGUGAGUGGAUCCGACCGGGGGCUUCUCCGCUUCAGCAUCUGAACGCAGAUCCAGCUCCGUGGAGGUGGUGGUUGAGUCAAAAGGAGCCUCAGCUGCGUUGCCUCAGACCAGUCACCGUGAACUAGCAUGCCAAACGCAUGUUAAGUGCUUCAUAAACAGUCACCGUGACUUUUAUCAACACCAAGCCGGUGAUUUCACACGAAUGCCUCCAGGAAGUGGGCACCAGCCUUCACCCUCGCUCCAGCAACAAGAAGGUGACGGGCAGAGAACGCCGACCGUCUCGACUCCCAGAGAGCUCCAGGCCCGGCCCGGGCCACCCCAAGGACAUCCUUCUCCCCGCUUGCCGACUCACCCGGCACGCCCCCCGCCCCUCCGGAAGAACCACAUAACGCUGUAAAUGCAAGAGAGUUUAAUGCUGUGUUGCCCACAAAGAUCACUGUGCCAUAGGGACUGGCAGCACCAAAUAAAGGGACUCCUCCGCUCUUGA